CACCCUGUUUUCGACAGAAUGGAUUGGCUGGAGGCUGGCUUUAAUUAUGGAUGAUUGACAUCACCAUUUGAAGCCCAUCCUUCCACCUAGACAAGGUUACCAGCGUGAAGCCACUCAUCACUGAUAAGGCAGCGAUUUAUUUUCGUGUGGGAGGACGUCAUGGAAUCAGUACCAGCAGAUUUUUGGCUAGCCACUCGUCAUACAUUCACCAUCCCAGGAUAGAUUUUCAGGUGAAGUAUUCAUAGAUUCAAUUUCAAUAGAACAAUUAGAUCCUCUUAUAAUGCGACUACCAGGAGCGAUAUCAAAAAGAAAAAUUCAACGGCGAUUCCUAUCGGCAUUAAUUAUUCUAAUUGUGGGAGUAAUGGCGCUUCUCCUUAUUUCUUCUCAGCAUGACGAGAAAACUAAACCUGAAAGCAUCACGUCAUUACAUGAACGCGUUGGUAAAUUCAACGGUUUAAACAUUUUCUUUAUCGAGACAUCCGGUCGAUCGUGUCUCACUGCGCGUCAGGCGUGUCGAGUAGAAUCAGCUGCCAGGGCCAAUCCGCACGCCAGCGUAACGCUGUACAUGGAGAAGACGCCGAUUGCGAAUCUCUCCAGCUACAAGAGCGAUAAAGACGAAGUCAAUUGCGUUGUCGCAAAAUUUCUGCUGCAUAGAAUUGAAAACGUGUGGAUCUUGCGGCAAAAUUUGCUGGAUCAUUUGGAAGGCACGCCGCUAUGGGAGUUCUACCGCAGUGGAUUGUUGAACAAAUCGAUUACUCCGCUUGUUCACCGGAGUGAUGCGAUACGAGUGGCGUUGCUUUGGAAGAAUGGAGGCAUUUAUCUCGACCUGGAUUGCAUAGUGAUGCGUCCGCUGGAUAGUCUGAACAACACGGUCGGCACUGUCAGGGAUUUCAUACCCAACUGGAUUGAAAACGGCGUCAUGGCUUUCAAUGCCGGACAUCCAUUUCUCCAUUUCUUGAUGAAAUCUAUGGUUUUGGCCUUCCGGCCGGACAAUUACCUGAGUCUCGGCCCGUCUGCAGUAACUGAAGCCAUCCUCGAUUUUUGUGAUCGGGACGACUUGCCGGCAAACACUUUGUUGCUCUGCUCGCGGAAUUCUUCUCUCUUCAUCCAACCACCUGACUCCUUUUAUGCCAUCGGCAGCGGAAGAGCGGAUGUAUUCUAUCAGCAAACAACCGAUUUAGCCGAUUGGAACAAAUUGAAACAUAGCUUCCUGUCACACAUUUACGAUUCCGGGAGUGGCCGGCCAGUUCCACCCACGUCUUUUUACGCCCAGCUUGCCAGAGAUUACUGCCCGUUUACGUACAGAACGAGUGAAAGUAAUGGCAGCUUCUGACACGACGCUAUUUUCCGAUUUUCGUUUAAACAUUUCAUUACAAGCACAAAGUUUCCAUCCGAUUGACGUCACAAUUUUACGCAGUUUAUCAUUUUUACUCGUUCUCAAGGGUUCUGAGAGGUAUACUUGUUUGAGAAAUCCAAUGUCACAAGUUCGAAUUGUUACAUGCAAAAAUAUCAUGACACGGCAGUCUGAGAAAGCUCUCACCCAGUCAAAGGAAAGCUUGAUCCAUAAGUGGCCAUAAUUAUUAUGAGUGUGGGAUGCUAUAGAAAGACUUUGGACUAACAGGCUUUAAAAAUUCAAGGCCAUGCCGUCCCUACUAAUAAAUUGUGCUUGUCGUACAUAGUACGACGAAAAUAAAUUUCAAAGUAAACAAAUGCAAUGACUGCGAUCUGAUCGGCUGAAGAAAUUCUGUUGGUGAAAGAAGAACUUGACCUGACCACUGUCCUUAGUACAGUCAUCCGCCAAACUAUGCCCGUCUUAGGCAAGUCCUCUUGAUGUAUAAAUUCGUACCUUGUUAACUUGCAUACAACAAGAAACUGCUAUUUUUGUACACUUUUGUAUUUGCACUUUUUGCGAUGUAACCAUGUUGUUUAGGU